AUGUCUUCGACUACCAUCGAAGAGGCCACAGCCAAGCUUUCAGUGAAAGAUGAUGUCAAAGAACAUCUCUCACAGUAUGACUUCUCCAAGCUCGAACCCUAUUCCCACCCGCCCGAGACCAAAGAAGAUCUUCCAUGGUCUGAACUCGUCACGCUUGAUCUAGAAGACUAUGACCGUCCAGGCGGCAAGGAGAGACUAGCCAAGCAGCUCGAGCACGCCUUCUACGUGAAGAACUACGGCCUCACCCAGGAGCAAGUAGACCGCCAAUUCACCCUAGCAAAACACUUCUUCCAGCUCCCCACGUCCGAAAAAGAAAAAUACGAAUGCAACUACGCAGAAGCCGACUACAACGGAUGGCGACGUCCCGGCCGCUCCCUGCGAGCAAACGUAAAAGACAACAUAGAAAUCUACAACAUACCAAAAUUCACCCCGGACUUUGCGGGAAAAUAUACUCAACCGCCUCUCCUGCAGGCCCACAUAUCAGAAAUCGAGUCCUUCCAACGUGUCCUCCACUCAAACAUUGUGAUACCCCUUCUCCGCCUCUUCGCCAUCGUGUUGCAACUGCCAGACGAGGAAUACCUGGUCAAACAGCACACCUACGACAAGAAAUCCGAAGACCACUUCCGCUACAUGAUCUACCACGCCCGCACAGAAGAAGAAUGGGCAGCCUCGAAAUACGGUGCCACAGACGGCCACACCGAUCUCGGCACCGUAACUCUCCUCUUCCGGCAACCCGUCGCAGGACUCCAAAUCCUCGGUGAAGACGGAAACUGGACGUGGGUGCGCGCACAACCGGGUACCAUAACUGUGAAUCUCGCAGACACGAUAUCGCAUCUCACGGGCGGGUGGUUGAAAUCUUCGGUCCAUCGUGUUGUAGCGCCGCCGCGGGACCAGAGGGAGUACGAACGUACUGGUUUGCUGUAUUUUGCUAGGCCGCAUAAUGAUACAAAGUUGCUGCCGAUUACGCAGUCUGCGGUGCUGGAGAGGGCGGGGGUGAGGCCGAGGUUCGAGAAGGUGGUUACGAUGGAGGAGUGGGUUAGGGCGAAGCAGACGUUGCAGUUGAACCCGGAGAUUGCGGCCAAGAGGUGGGGGGAGAGGGGGGAUGGGAAGGUGGAGGUUUUGGCGGGGUUUUUGGAUCAGAAGUAUAAGGAGUAG